GAAGCUCUGCUCGUAAAGUAAAGGCUUCAAUCAUACUAAAGGCUCAGACAAGAUAGUAUCCAGUUUCAAGAAUCCUACCAUGACUUGCAGCUUGCAGAGGGAGUACACAGGCCACAGAGAUGGUGUCUGGGAAGUCUCUGUGAUGAGAUCCAGCCAACCAAUCAUUUCAACAGCAUCUGCUGAUCAUGAAGACCGCAACCCCAGGAACGUCAAAAUUUGGGGUAUACUUGCUUCCUGAACUCGUUGCUGCAGUCCUUAGCAGCAUGUCCAGCAUUUAUAGAGUGGCUUCGAAGGAGGAUGUAAAGGGAGAAUCAUUUAAAAGCAGCUUGAUGUUGGUUAUAGACAAAAUCAAUGGAUUUACAGAUGAUAUGUUUGGAAGCGUGAGGCCAGUUGAAGUGAUUACUUCUCUGGGUCCUCUCUGGAAUUUCACUCCUAGUUACUUCAACCACCAGUUACUGAUGUAUAUUUUUUUAUCGGAAUUUCAUUCGCAUUAA